AUGCUGUUUAGAAUUCUGCGCCUCGGCGCACUCGGCGCAGUACUCGGCGCGGUAGUCCCGGGUGGCUGGAUGGAUAUACCGUACGAUUUGUUGGAGGACUUUUACCGCAUCUCGCAAUAUGCGAAGGCGGCGAUUUGUAAAGCAAACCAUAACGCAACGUCUGUGGGAUCUCCGGUGUACUGCGACCCUGGAAACUGCACUAUCAUUAUGCAAGCGCAAACGGAGAUCUUAUAUGGGUUUUCGGGGAUAACGCCCGGCGACACAACGGGCUACAUCGCUGUCGACAAAAGCGCAGAGCUCAUCGUGCUUUCUUUCCGCGGGACUGUCUCCGCAGAAAAUCGCUGGAUAGAUUUUCAGAUUAGCCAUGUCGAUGCUUCAAGCUUGUGCUACGGAUGCAAGGCUCACAAUGGAUUCUGGAACGCCUCGAGCACUGCGCAUGAGAUCCUCCUGCCACAGCUAGCAUCUGCUCUGGCCAGUUACCCCGGAUAUAGACUUGUCGUGACAGGGCACAGCCUCGGAGGGGCCUUGGCCACACUCGAAUCAUUGUAUCUGAGGCAGGCUGGGUAUCAGGUCGACAUGUAUACAUUCGGUGCUCUCUCCGUGGGAAACCUCGCUCUAGCCGAGUACACCACCAAUCAAGGAGUCGGUCACAGCUACCGCAUCACUCAUGAUGCUGAUUAUAUCCCCAAGAUACUCUAUCGGCUGUCACGUACUUUGGUGGGGAUUGUUCCGGAGUAUAGCCAAUCAUCGCCGGAGUACUGGAUUACGUCUGGGAAUAAAGAAGACCCUCCUGUGACCCCCGCAGAUAUUCAAGUGAUCGAGGGAGUCAACAAUGAAACUGGGAAUCUGGGCGCAACAAGACCGGAGCGAGAGGCGCACUUGUGGUACCUGGGGACAACAAAGGUAUGUGAGGAUGAGUGA